AUGAGUUUUAUACCAACUCAUUAUUCGAACAGAUACAUCAAUCAGCGAUAUAACAAAGCGCUCUACAUUGUACAGCAUUUGCCGUCUUCAUCCAAUGUUCAGCCGACAAAAGAUCAAAAAUUAGAGCUGUAUGCCCUGUAUAAGCAAGUAUCUCAUGGAGAUAUAGAUACCCAACGGCCUGGCAUCUUUGAUGUUGUAGGCAGAGCGAAAUGGGAUGCCUGGAAAAGAUUAGAAGGCAUCAGUGAAAUGGAAGCAAAACAUAGAUAUGUCGAAACACUACUGCAAGCAGCAAAAGAGGCAUAUAAGAAACCUGCAGGCAGGGCACAAGCUCAUCAAAUCAUUCAAUCCUUUGCCGUUAUGCAGCCAUCAGGCGACAGUGGCGACUCCUCCAGCGACGACGAUGAAGACGGCGAUGACAGAGACGAAGAUGAAUCCAGUAUAGGAUCAGCAGAGGCAGAGGAACGAGCGUACCUUCGACAAGUGCAGAGAUCAACGCCCAUGAUGAACCGUCGCCCACUAGCAUCACCCGCGCAACACAAGGCCAGAUGGCAACAGGAACAGAGACCCUCUAGCCGUGCUUCUUCCCAGUCAGGUCGCAUGUCCAUGAUGACAGCACCCUCAGAACUGAGACGACUCUCAAUUUCAUCAUCCAACAGCACCACAUUACGCCCCGUGUCAGCAGCAUCUGCUAGAUCAGGAUUAGAUAUGAGCAAACGAAGCGGCAUUCAGCAGCAGCAGAGAAUGGCCAAAAGAGAACUGUACGAGGAUAGUUUUGAUGACAAUGUGAAUCCUUGGGUGCUCCAUCCUUCAUCUCGGCAAUACAGAAUGGAGGAAGUGCCAUCCAUGCAGCAGCAAGAUAGUCAACAGGAUCUCUCUACAUUGUACAGAUCGCCCAUGAGCACCACAUCAUCCUCUGCAACAGCAACACAACAGCAAUUUGCAUCAUUGAACAGCCAGCAACAACAACAACAACAACAACAGCAGCAGCAGCAUGAGCAGACAGUGUUAGGACCUGCUACCAAGAGAGCCCUGGAAGCAUUGCAGCAAGAGAUUGAAGCAUUGAAUGAGCGGAUCGAUGGACUGAGAAAGGAAUUGGUUGCUAGGGAUGCAGCAUCAGCAUCCAAACGACUUGCGAAACCCAGCACUGCUGCUGGUAGUGGAGAUGAGGAUGGUUGGAAAUGGGUCUACAAGGCAGCGGUGAAGCAUGCUGUGAUGAACCUACUGACAGCUUCUAUUCUACUAUUAUUUUUAUACAAGAAACAAAGCCCAGUGGCACAUGCAAUUCUAGGCGUCCUUCAAAGGAUUCUAGCAAAAUUCAAGCUUGGAAGACUCUUGAUCAGCAAGAUGGUUUUGAAAAAUGACACAAACAAAUAA